AUGGCGCCCAAAGACAGGGAGCGACUUGAUGGCCAAGGUCAUACGCGUCGGUUCGGACACUGCAAAGAGGCUCCAGGCAGCAUUGUGAAUUGUCUUCUCACGCAUGGUCCAUGGUGGCAAUGGCAAUCGUGCAUUGAACAGGAGCUCGACGGUGGCUCUGUCGAAGCCGAGUCGAAUUUCGAGAUUCUCAGAGCGCAGCGUGCGCAAGCUCGUAAAGGUGUCAAGCAGUUCAAGGCGAGCGAACAUGCUCAGCGAAUGAGAUUGACUGAAAAGCUGGAUGUUUUCGCAGAUCAAAGCCGACAGGACAUUCGAGAGAAUGAGGGCGUGGAUGAGGAUGAUCCUUUGAACAGUAUCGAUGACGGCAUACGUUUGGAGCCGUUCAACAUGCGCCGGGAGAUGAGGGAAGGGCACUUCGACGAGAGCGGCUUCUAUGUUCUCAACAAGGAUGAAGAAAAGAAGGUGACUGACGCAUGGCUAGACACUGUGGACCAGGCUGAGCGCACGGCAACCUUCAAAGCAGCAGACAAACAGAAUAAGGCAUUGGAUACAGCGGCAAAUCGCAUAUCCGCAAUGGCAAAGAACUUGGGACCGGACUCUGAAGGCGAAGAGGAGGAGGACGAGGACAAAGAGGAUGCAGAAGGUGCAGAGAAAGAAAAGGCCACGGAAGGAACCAAGAAGUCAGCUGAAGAGGAAGCCCAGGAGGACGAAAAAGACGAAGCCACCAUCAUUGACAUGUUGGAGGAGUUGGUGUCGUUCCUUCAACCCCUGGAAAGCCCUGCCAUGGCUCUGGCGCGAGUGCGCCGCGGCGAGGCAAGAGGCCGUGAGCCUGUCCUGAAGACCCGCGCACGGAUGCGGAAGGCACGUGCAGAGGCAACAUCAGCUUCAACUCCUGCUGCAAAAGAUGGCGAUAUGAAGCCAAAGAGAAAGAAAUUCAACGAAUGGGGGUAUGAGGAGCCAAGCGCCUCGGAUGCGCCAUCAGCGGCACACCUGCCUCAAGAGGAGCAGGCGCCGGCUCCAAGCCAUGACACAGCUGUGCCAGCUGCAGUGGCUGAGGUACCCGAGGCAACGGAGAAGACAUCCUCCACUGAAGAGGAAAACGGGAAGGUGGAGACGGAGCUGGCCAAAGCAGAGGCGGCACGUGCCGCAGCUGCGGCUGCUGUGGCUGCAGAGCGUGCUGCCGCUGCAGAGUCAGCGAAGGCCGCCGCAGAAAAGCCCCGGUCGAGUGUCACUAACCCUGCUGCAGUGGCCGAAGCCGCAGCACGUGCUGCAGCCGACGAGAAAGCGGCAGAGGAGGCUGCCAAGGCCUUCGCUGCAGAAAUGAAGAUGUCUCGCAGCAUCGCGCGUGCGUUGGUGCCCGAGCAGGGUCCCGAGGCGGCAGCCAUCGUCAACCUGAACUCCGAGGAGACUCGGGACGUCCGCGAGAAGGCCAUGCCAAAACUUCCUGAGGAAGUUCCUGCGGAUGGCCCUCCUCGGCCGGGACACAGGCGCAAGGCUGCAACAGUGGAUGACGAAGAGGCUGCACGACGGGCGAAAAUUAGUCGCCUCACUGACCUCUGUGAUCGCCUCCUUGAACGCGGUGUGCUAGUUUACGACUCAGCCCGUGAGCUGCUCGCGAUUGAUGUGCGACAGCGAAAAGGGGAAAACCUGACCGGCGAAGAGCCGGUAGAGACGCCCAAGCAGGCGGAGGCGAGUGCUGGCGAUAAGAGGCCCAGCCCAGCCAGCACGCCCGAGGUGCAGUUUACCAACAAACGUUUUAAAGCGGGAGCAAACGAUGCCCCAGCUGUGGAAGCUGUGGAGGUCGUCGGAGCCAGCUCAGGAGGUCCUCCUUCUUCUGGAUCCCUGCUGUGGCAGUUUCGUUGGGGCCACAACCCUGACGAGAUCAAUGGCCCGUUCGAUUCGGUCACUAUGCAGGGGUGGAUGAUGCAGGGCUGCUUCUCCGAUGAGCGACCCGCAGAGUUUCGUCAGUGCGACGAGAAAAACAAGCCACAGGAGCAGUGUUGGCACCGCUGGGACAAGAUCGACUUUGAGCUGUACAUGUAG